GUCUGUGAAAACUUGCGGAAAUUGGAGAUCACAGGAGUGUCCUGUCGAGAUGUUUACGCCAAACGUAUAAACCCACGAGUGAAGUCGGGGCGUUUUAUGAAAAUCCUUCCCGACUACGAGCACAUGGAGUACAGAGAUGUUUACACCUGCCUGCUGCACCGAUACCGACACAUCCUGGGAUUAUGGCAGCCGGACAUCGGGCCCUAUGGGGGACUGCUGAACGUGGUGGUAGACGGUUUGUUCAUCAUUGGGUGGAUGUACUUGCCGCCUCAUGACCCUCAUGUUGAUGAUCCCAUGAGAUUCAAACCUCUCUUCAGGAUUCAUCUCAUGGAGAGGAAAUGUGCAACAGUUGAGUGUAUGUAUGGUCAUAAGGGACCUCAUAAUGGCCAUAUCCAGAUUGUAAAGAAGGAUGAGUUCUCCACGAAAUGCAACCAGACAGAUCACCAUCGGAUGUCGGGGGGAAGGCAAGAGGAAUUCCGGACAUGGCUAAGGGAAGAGUGGGGUCGGACACUGGAAGACAUCUUCCAUGAACACAUGCAAGAGCUCAUCUUGAUGAAGUUCAUCUACACCAGCCAAUAUGACAACUGCUUGACAUACCGACGCAUCUACCUCCCUCCUAGCAGCCCUGAUGACCUUAUAAAGCCAGGUCUCUUCAAGGGGACGUAUGGGAGCCACGGGCUGGAGAUUGUCAUGUUGAGCUUUCAUGGAAAGAAAGCAAAGGGGACUAAAAUCACCGGAGAUCCCAACAUCCCAGCUGGACAGCAGACUGUGGAGAUUGACCUGGCGCAUCCUCUGCAGCUACCCGACAUUGAGAACCUUCGCGAUUUCAGUGAGCUCUCUCGCAUCGUCCUGGAGGUCCAGGAGCAGGUGCGUCGGGAGGAGCAGGAGGAGGAACACCGGCAGGAGGAAGAGGAGCGCUCCCAGCAGGCUGCCUCUCAGCCUGCUGCCAAGCCCCUGGCAGGAGAAGGUGCCGAGGGGGAAGAGACUGCAGCUGGGGCGGAGGGGACAGCCCAGAACAAGGCACCAGCUUCCCAGCCCUUCGUGCUGCCCAUGGGAGUCAUUUCAAGGAAUGAAGACUAUCCCCGGACCUGCCGAAUUUGUUUUUAUGGGACGGGGCUUAUUGCUGGCCACGGCUUCACCAGCCCCGAGCGAACGCCGGGUGUUUUUGUUCUCUUUGAUGACGAUCGCUUUGGAUUCAUCUGGCUGGAGCUGAAGUCCUUCAGUCUCUACAGUCGGAUCAAGGUCUCCUUCCAGAACGCCGAAGCGCCUUCCCGUGAGGCUUUUGAUGAAAUGCUGAAGAACAUUCAGUCGCUGGCUACUUGAUGGGUGAUUUGUGAUGGACAGGGCUAGGGGUUGCAAAGGCUGCUGCACUCCCCAACCAGGGCUGGGAUGGGGAUUCCUUGCUCUCGGUACCUCUGAAUCAAAGCAUGCACUUUUAAUAAAGCCUUUUUACCCC